GCUCUCUCUCUCUCUCUCUCUCUCUCUCUCACAUACACACAGAUAAAACACAAAUGUACCCACCGAGAAUCUCUUCCUAUCAAAGCCAUAUGACUAAGGGGGCCACUUCACACUACCAAACAUUACACGCCAUGUGUGUCCAGCAUAUGUUUCUGUCUUCAUACUCCAAAUGACCAUCUCAUAGUCACAACUCACAACUCACAACUCAUCUUCACCACCUCCUCCUCUUCUGUCUUCUCUCCCCCUAUCUAUCUCUCUUUUCUUUUCCCCACCUUUCCUGUCUUCUUCUUCACUCCUACUCUUUUCACCACCCACCUUUCUUUUCAUCACAAAAACAGUCCACACUCCACAGUGAAGCUCCCCAACUAGCUACAACCACAAUGGCCAGACUGGUAGUAGAGAUUCAAGAUGCAAGUGACCUGAUGCCAAAAGAUGACCAAGGCUCUGCCAGUCCCUUUGUAGAAGUAGAUUUCGAUGGGCAGAAACAAAAGACACAAACCAAGCAUAAAGACCUCAACCCCCAAUGGAAUGAGAAGCUAGUGUUCAAUGUCAACAACCCCAGAGACCUUCACAACAAGACCAUUGAUGUGAUCGUGUACAAUGACCGAAAAGGCGGCCACCACAAGAACUUCCUCGGUCGUGUCAGACUCCAUGGUUCCUCCAUACCUUUUCAAGAAUCUGAAGCCAUUAUCCAGCGCUACCCGCUUGAUAAACGUGGCCUCUUUUCUCAUAUUAAAGGCGAUAUAGCUCUCAGAGUUUACGCGGUUCAUGACUCAUCUGCGUCUCAUGCUCCUCCACCACAAGAUGGUGGUGCUGAAGAAUCAAACACAGUACCAUUGCAAGAGAUAAAUACUAAUUACAAGCCUGAAGAAGUACUAAAAGAAGAAGAAGAAAGGAGGGCUGAGGGAAUGAAGAAGAAGAAAAAGGAAAAAGAAGUGAGAACUUUUCACACUAUAGGAGCCGGGACACAUGAACACCAUCACCAUCCAGCUACACAACCUUCAGUGAUCUCUGGCGGUGGAUUCGGGGGGUUCGAUAAAAGCAAUAUUGGUGGAUUCGGGGGGUUCGAGAAAAACAGGCCAAAUACUGGUGGAUUCGGGGGGUUCGAGGGUAACAAUUUGACGAAGGAAAAGGAAAAGGCAGCGGCUGUGGCUGAGACCAAGGCCGCUUUUGCACGAGCAGGGCCGGCUAGUAUGUUUCACAUGCAGGUUCCGACGAACCCGGAAUUUGGAUUGGUGGAAACUAGGCCUCCCUUGGCAGCACGUCUUCGGCGCAGAGGAGACAAGACAUCGAGUACUUAUGAUCUAGUGGAGCAGAUGUAUUACUUGUAUGUGAAUGUGGUUAAGGCCAGAGAUCUUCCUGUCAUGGAUGUUACAGGAAGCCUUGAUCCUUAUGUGGAAGUGAAGCUUGGGAACUACAAAGGGCAAACGAAACCAUUGGAGAAGAACCAAUACCCGGUGUGGAACCAAGUUUUUGCUUUCUCACAAGAGAUGCUGCAAUCCAGUGUCCUGGAAGUGAUUUUGAUGGAUAAGGAUUUAGUGAAAGAUGAUUUUGUUGGGAGAGUUAGUUUUGAUCUUUCUGAAAUUCCUCUUCGGCUGCCACCAGAUAGUCCUUUGGCUCCUCAGUGGUACAAAUUGGAGGACAAGAAAGGGGUCAGGUACAAUUCAGGAGAAGUAAUGCUUGCGGUUUGGGUAGGAACACAGGCUGAUGAGGCCUUUCCCGAUGCAUGGCAUUCUGAUGCUCACAACAUAAGCCAUUCAAACAUGUCCAAUACACGAUCCAAGGUUUAUUUCUCCCCCAAACUAUACUACCUUAAAGUUGAAGUAAUUGCAGCUCAGGAUCUUAUUCCCACCGAAAAAGGCCGAGCUCCAGAAAUACAUGUGAAGGGAGAGGUUGGGAAUCAGCUGAGAGCCACUAUUCGGAGUAGCCAUAAUCGAAUGAACCCUGAAUGGAAUGAAGAAUUCAUGUUUGUGGUAUCAGAGCCUCUUGAAGACUUCAUAAUUAUUACUGUGGAGGACAAGGUAGGACCUGAGGUUUUAGGCCGGUUGGUCGUAUCAGUAAGAGAUGUUAUGCACAGACAUGACCACCACAAAGCACCCGAAGCCCGCUGGCAUAAUCUGCACAGGCAUCUUGAAGUAGACACCGACAAGCAGAAAGACAAGUUUACCAGCAAGAUCCUCCUUAGAAUCUAUGUGGACUCAGGUUAUCAUGUUCUUGAUGAGUCCACGCAUUUCAGCAGUGAUCUACAGCCCUCCUCCAAACACUUGAGAAAACCAAGCAUCGGGUUUCUUGAACUUGGGAUUCUGAGUGCAAGGAAUUUGCUUCCAAUGAAGGGAAAGGAUGGUGGGACUACAGAUGCAUACUGUGUGGCCAAGUACGGCAACAAAUGGAUUCGGACUAGAACGCUGCUUAACACACUGGCUCCUCGCUGGAAUGAGCAGUAUACUUGGGAUGUUCAUGAUCCAUAUACUGUAAUCACUGUUGGUGUUUUCGAUAAUUGCCAUGUUAAUGGAAGCAAAGAAGAAACAAGAGAUCAAAGGAUUGGGAAGGUAAGAAUUCGACUAUCGACUUUAGAAACUAAUCGGGUUUAUACCCAUUAUUAUCCAUUGUUGGUUCUCCAUCCAUCUGGUUUGAAGAAACAUGGUGAGCUUCAUUUGGCAUUGAGGUUCACUUGUACUGCUUGGGCUAACAUGGUGACACAAUAUGGAAAACCUUUGCUUCCAAAAAUACAUUAUAUUCAACCCAUAUCUUUUAAGUACAAGGAUUGGCUUCGCCACCACGCAAUGCAGAUUGUGGCAGCAAGGCUAGCUAGAUCAGAGCCACCCCUCCGGCGUGAAAUUGUUGAGUACAUGCUUGAUGUAGAUAUUCACUUGUGGAGUAUCAGGAGAAGCAAAGCCAAUUUUUCUCGCAUCAUGUCUCUGCUUUCAGGGGUUGGAGCGGUUUGUAAGUGGAUCAACGAAAUAUGUUUCUGGAGAAACCCGAUCACAACAUGUUUAGUGCACGUCUUGUUUUUGAUAUUGGUUUGCUACCCAGAAUUGAUCCUGCCUACGAUUUUCCUCUACCUAUUUGUGAUCGGAAUAUGGAACUAUCGGUUCAGGCCAAAGCAGCCACCUCACAUGGAUGCACGACUAUCACAAGCAGAGUUUAUACUCCCAGAGGAAUUGGAUGAGGAAUUUGACACAUUCCCAACUUCUAGACCUCCAGAUAUUGUAAGGAUGAGGUAUGAUAGGUUGCGGAGUGUGGCAAGUAAGGUGCAAUCUGUGGUUGGAGAUUUAGCAUCACAAGGGGAAAGGGCUCUAGCUUUAUUAAGCUGGAGAGAUUCAAGAGCUACAGCAAUCUUCAUCAUCUUCUCAUUGAUCUGGGCUGUGUUCAUAUAUGUCACUCCUUUCCAAGUAGUUGCAGUGCUGGUUGGGCUGUACUGGCUUCGACAUCCUCGAUUCAGAUCAAAGAUGCCUUCUGUACCCGUCAAUUUCUUCAAGAGGUUACCGUGCAGGUCAGAUAUGCUACUUUGAGAUGAAGGCUAUUAUCAGUUUAUUAUUCAUUUACUUAAUUCUCGUGAACAAAAGAUGGUUCAGUAAAUUAAACCAUCAAAUUCGUAGCAGCGUAAGACAGAAGGAUAUGCAGCAAUGUUGCUUUUGCCCUACUAUCCUCGCCCAAAAUAAUAUUUCAAUUUUUCCUGGAUAUAUGUACAUUCUAGCUUUCAUCAAUCUUAUCUAUGGAAACAAUCAUUCUUUCUUGUAACCUGGGGGAAAAACUCAUUCUUUCUCGCUCCAA